ACAGGACACGUUUUGCAAGAGUGAAGUCUUAGUUUGAGCUGUCAGUCGAGAGGCCCAACUUGACGUUUCACCUUAGCCAACGAGUGACAAGUGCGAGUGGCGAGUGGCGAGUGGAGUGGCGAGUGGCAUGUCUUUAUCGGCGGGCAGUGCGACGAGCCUUGGCUCGAGCUGCUGAUGGCGCUCGAGACGGAGCGCUCAAGUCCGAGCAGCGCGUCCAGUCCCGGUCCAGGUCCAGGUCCAGGAUCAGGUCGACCUCCAUCCCCGGCUGCUGCAGCCAAGCAGCGUUCGGCCUUCCAUCAGAUCGCAUUGCUGACGCAGCCGGCGUCUCCUGCAGCCUUCCAUCCGGUCGAGAUGUCUGGCUCACUCUCCUUGGUCUACGGCUUCAUUCCGCGGCUGCCCGUGCACCUUCCAGCCGUCUACCACCCGGCAGCCGCAGCACUGCCAAAGUUGCCCGAGCAGCCGCAACCCCUUUUCAACCACGGCUGCAGCCCUGAUCGACUGUUCAAGCUGCAGCAGGUCAGAAACAGUCAUAGUCGCUACCCUCCUCUGCACAGUCCCGAAGCAGCCAACUACCGACCGGAAAGUGCGUGCAGCUCGGUGUCUGUCAACAGCUGCCAUGGCAACAAUAGUGUCAACAACUGUUCCUACUGUCAAACACCCACGCCGCCCAGAUCACCAAGUCCAACCAACCGACAACCGCAACCUUCACCACAACAAGCUCAACCUCAACAAGAAGCGCCCACCUCGUUGAGCUUCUCUGUGGAUAACAUUUUGCGGCCGGAAUUCGGUCGUCGUGACAAGUCGCCGCGACCGAGUCCAGCGACGCCAAAGCGGUGCUCUAGUGCAGCCAGUGCUGGCAGCAGCGACUGCGGAUCGCUUCCAGCCCGCACCCCCGCCAAACCCUCCAGCCUGCAUGGCGGCGACAAGUCUGACACCUCCGAUGACACCUCCAAGGACACCGGCGAGCAACAGUGGCCGGCCUGGGUCUACUGCACGCGCUACUCCGACAGACCUUCCUCCGGUCCAAGGUCUCGCCGGAUAAAGCGGAAAGAGAAACGAACCGAGGAGAAGCGACCGCGAACCGCGUUCAGUGGCGAUCAGUUGUCGCGGCUCAAGAGCGAAUUCACCGAGAACAGGUACCUUUCGGAGGUGCGACGACGCGAACUCGCCCGCGAACUCAACCUCAACGAAGCGCAGAUCAAAAUUUGGUUUCAGAACAAAAGAGCCAAGAUCAAAAAGGCGGCCGGCGUCAAGAAUCCGCUCGCGCUACAGCUGAUGGCGCAAGGACUGUAUAAUCACAGCACUGUGCCAAUGAGUGACGAUGAGAUGGAUGAGAACUCUUCGUCAGUGACAUCUGUGCCAUCCGUUCCUUCGCAACAGUGAAAAAGUGACACUGAAAAUUUACUGAAAACCACUCGGAUGAUUUGCAGGGGUAUAAGGUUUUGGUACUUGAUGAAACCAGUUCUUUCGGAACUUGGUAAUACCUUCUUAUUCAUUUGUAAACUUUCACAUGGCUACAUGAUUCAAUUGUAUACAGUGAUUAACUGCAAAAUUACUAGUGAAUGUGAACUUCCUUGAUGUGGUCAAUAUCCCCACAUCGGUCUGGAUAAAACCAUAUAUUGUCAGCCAUUUCUUAAAUUAUUUUGUUGUUAAAUAGUUUUAUUGUGUAUGGUGGUGAACCUUAAAACAACUGCCAAAUUAACUGGAAAUGUUUGCUUCUCAGAAACUUUCUGAGGAUAUGGAGGAUCAUUGUUAAGAACGAAUGGAGUUUGUAUGUCUAACCUUAUCACUCCAUGAUAUGAAUCCAUCGUGAGCAGAGCUCAACUGUAAAACAUUAGCUAAACCAAAAGUAAGCUUACUGCGUGAUGAUUAGCUCCAAGUAGGGUACAAUCAUGGUUGGAGAACUGAGUUGAGUAGGUGAUAACUGCGAUUAAUUUAAUAUUAUUGACAUUUGAAUUGAAACAAUCGAUUGGUUGAAUUCAUAUUUGAAUUUCUUUGAGAAUAUUCCUGAUAUGAACUCGCCAAAAGGAGUCAAUGAGUAGCGGAAAAGAAUGUGAUUGGAUUGAACAAUACUUGAACUAAGACUGGACUAGGUGAAAAACGCCAUUUGAUGUUGACUUAAUAAGAUUGACUUAAUACUUGUUUCUUCCAUUUAUAUAAUAAGUCAUAAAAAUGUUGAAUGAAUAUGAUAAAAAUCACGUUCUCUCUGAAAAAAUGCUGAUGAAUUUCUCAAUUCAUAUCUGAAAAAUUGUAAUUUAUCACAUUUAUAAUGUAUAAAAAUGCAAAAAAUCUAUCUAUUCUCAUUUCAAGAAUCGUUUGAACUAAGAUAGGCCUCAAAGUCUUCAAAACAUUAUCAUGACUACUCAAGUAGUAAAUCAUUCAAUAUCCUUGCUUCUUGAAUGAAUAUUAUUUGGAAUCAAUCGAAAAUGAAUUUGCUACUAUUGAAUUCUUCUAUAUCUUUUGUUUUGUGUAUACUUUCUUGUUCAUAUCUUCUUGUGCGCUGUACUUAUAUAUAACUCUGUAAAUAAUUUUCGAGAAUCAAGGAUAUGAAUGAGAGUCUGUUAAUGAAGAUUACAGAAGUCCUGCAUCCCAAAUAUUUCAAUAUGUGUGUUUCUAGUAACUUAUUGUAGUUUAUCAGAUACUGGAACACAUAUAACGUGAAUGUUAAUUUUAGGUGGUUUUAAAAACCUUGUAUUUUUCAGUUUGAAUAAAAGAUAAGGUUAUGUGAUUUAAACUAGAAAUAAUAUUGUUACAUCCAAUAACUUUUCAUCACAAAAUCUCGCCUUUGUUACAGAUCCUUCCUUGUUAUCUAAACGAAAUCAUAUUGAAAUAUACUGCACGACAAUGGGAAUAAAUAUGAUGAAAUUACAUAAUUGUAAUAGUAUCACAAGAUCAUAUUGAAAUAUACUGCACGUCAAAAAGCAUGAAUGUGAUGAAAUUACAUGAUUGUGAUUGUAUUUUUGAAAAAAAAAACAAUAAUUUCAAGUCCCAUAAUAUACAAGAGUGAACGAUAAACGUAGUGAGUACAAUUUAAAGCGAUACCAAAAUCAAUAAUUAUAACACAAGAAUUUUAGUGAUAUUCAAAAGUUUGGAUUCUAUUCACAAGAUAAUGUCGUUCAUAUGACUAAACUACCUACAUUGAAUGAUCAAACAAUUCAGUUUUACAAUUGAUUAUUCAUUUAAAGAAACAGUUUACUUUCCAUCAAAUCAACGUCAAAAUAUCUCAACCAUAUCUCCAAUGGAAAGAAGACGAAUGGAAUCAAUAUUGUACUUAUAUUGAAAAUAAUAAUUUACGAUAUCGUGUACAGAAAUAUAGAUUUAGUGAAACAGAUAUAUGAACCGUCGCCAUUAUUGUAGCUAGUUCAUAUAUCUAGAUAUGAGAGUAGAUUAUUUGUAAAUAAUUUCGUUAUUUCUCUAAGUAAUGUAAGCAACGAACUAGUCAAAUUCAAGGAAAACUGUUGGUUGUUUCUGGAUAUGAAAUAUAGAAUGCCUCUUUGGAAUAAUUAUUCUGGCUAGUAUUCCACAUUAACUUAUGUCAUGACACCAACAAAAAAACAUAGUAUUUUAAUAAUCUUAAAGUCUUCCAAACUGUUGAAACUUUUGUAUAAGAAUUUAUAAUGUAAAAAUACAUAGUUGUAAGUCGAUUCAUUUUAUUUUUAUCACAAUAUAAUUUCCUUUAUUCAAAUCAUGAAAUCAAUAAUUAUUUUCAAAACAUUGGAAACUUCUACUUCAUUAUUCCUUAGCUUUUAGCAGCACUACAAUUUUCUAUGAAAUAUAUGUAAUUAUGGUUGUAGAUUAUUGCUCUACUGGUAAUUUCCAUUCUGAAUUCAUAAAUUUUAUCAUAAUAAAUAAAACUAUGCAACAGGAACAAUGGGUGAAUAAGUUAUGUGCAAUACAUGAAGAAAAAUACAUAUUUAUGGAGACUGAUAUAUUAAUUUUCUCGAUAAAUCAGUGUUGACCCAAUUUUAUUGUUUAUAAUGUACAGAUUCACCACAUUUGUAAUGUCUUCAAAUAAUAAUUGACAGUUCUACACAAAUGAAAUUAUAUAUAUGGUUCAAAAAUGUAUCUUCCAAUUAAAUAAAAUUUUUAAUCUACUGAAUCGAGAGAAUUUAUGUAUCUUACAAUUCUCAUUUCAAUUACUUUUCUUGGAAUCAACUCUAUGAAGUUGAAAGAUCUCACUUCUUUUUCUAUUUCUAUGGUAACCUAGUAUUCCUAUUUUUACUUAUUUUUAUUGUAAUUAAAUGUUAGUUUAUUGAAGUUUUUAAUAUUUUAUUCAAUAUGUAUGUGUCGAAUGUAAAGCUGAACAAUAUCAUAGGAAAUGUAAUUAUUUUGAGACCAAACUUUCCUUGAAAUCAGAUGUAAAUAGAAUACUCAAAGAGUUAUUUAAGUUCAUACAGAUGAAGCGUUUAUAUAUUACGAUGUAUUCAGGUAGCAAACUCUAUAGCAGCAUUCGUGAUUUCUGUAAAAUUGAAGAACCAGCCAUAAUAGACUAAGCUAAUGUAUAAGCUUCAAAUAAGUUGCUGAACAUGAAAUUUUGCAAGUUACUAUUUAUUAGAGUCGAACAAGCUAUUGAGAUUGUAAAAAAUACAACGUAGUACUUUAAACAA